ACAAUACUAAUUGCUUUAAAGCUAAAUUUGCGCCACAUUACUAACCUGCGUGGAAAGUUGGAAACAAUUCUGCAUGCCUCAGUGAGCAUAUUUCAAUAGAUAGCAUGUCGAGUUAACAACAGGUUUUAUGACCUUGUUUUUUUUUGUAAGUGUACAUGUAUUUCACAAAUAUGAACUGCUACAUUUGUAUCAUUUUUAUGUGCUUCCGAACAAGUUUCUCAAUGAUUUAAUCUAGUACAAUCAUAAAAAUCUACUUAAUAUAGGUUAAGAUUACCUAUUCUAACCAAACAAUGCUAAGCUAAUAACUAGUAUGCAGUAAUUAGACUUUAGCAAAGUUCAGAAAUUAGUUUGUCAAAUUGAUUGAUGAAUCUCUGAAUGUAAUUAUGGACUUAAAACAUGGUGUAACAGUGAAGCUUUUAUUUUUUGCUAAAGCGAAGGAAUUGGCAGGCCUCAAAGAAACCACUGUACAGUUACCAUCUAAAAUAAGUUAUGAGCAACUUGUGAACUACAUUGUUGACAGAUUUAAUUUAGAAACCAUUAAGAACAACAUAUUAUUAGCUAAGAAUGAACAAGCCUGUGAACAGUCUGGUGAUAUAGAAAUAAAAGAUAAAGAUAACAUAGCUGUGAUUCCUCCGUUAAGUGGUGGCUGAUAUUAUAUAUACCUUUUUUUUACAUAUUAAGAUUUUUUAAAUAUGGAUCACUUAAAGUUGACAUUUGAUAAGUUAUCCGUCGAAACUGUAAGUGACCUGGUUAUGGAUGACAGCUGUGGAGCUGUGUCUUUGUUUGUUGGAACUACUAGAGAUAACUUUCAAGGAAAAAAGGUGGUACAAUUAGAGUAUGAGGCUUAUGAGCCAAUGGCAUUGAAGGCAUUGAAAACCAUCUGUGAAGAAAUGCGUGCCAAAUGGCCAGCUGUUCAUGCUAUAGCCAUUUACCACAGGUUAGGUGUAGUCCCAAGCCGUGAAGCGUCUGUAGUUAUAGCAGUAAGCAGCCCCCACCGCCGCGAUUCCUUAGAAGCCGUGUCGCACUGCAUCGAACGGCUGAAAGCAAGCGUGCCAAUAUGGAAGAAGGAAGUUUACGACGCGGCUGCCCCUCAGUGGAAGGAGAACGCUGAAUGUACAGUCGAAACAUCACCACAUUCACCACCAUUACCACCAGACCCUGAAACACCUAUAGACAAAAACCUCAUACAAAUAAACGUGUCCAGUGAAGAAUUACAAAAGCGCAUUCAGAAUUUUAUAGAGAGGAAAAGGGAACAAGUCAACUUGAACAAUAUACACGAUUUCAUACCAAAACAGAGUCAAAGCGAGACGGAGGAGACGGACACGUGUGCGAGAGUGAGAACUCAAUUCGUUAGGCGAAGUGACUCGAAAGGACAUUUGAAAAUACGCAAAGUGCACAACGAGUGGGGCCCUCAAACGGUGCGCAGUUUCGACACCUGUCAGGAAUCGAACCCGCAGAGCUCCGGCCUGCCGACCUCCAUAGCAGAGCGUGUGCUGUCCAUAGAAAAGUACCUCAGCAUCCGCUCCGUGUCCAAGGACGUGUUCAAGCGACUCAAAGACAUGGAGGAUAAGAUUGCUUAUCUGGAGUCCGUUUCGCCGGAGUACGCGCAGUUUUGGAAAAGUAAAUCUUCGUCCGAGGAACGCAAGCCGGAGUGUUCAAUAGACUAUGCAUUCUCCGCGGACGACAUAGCGCGCAAAAUUGAACUAUUGGAGGAGCAGGGGAGCUCUUAGGAAAAUCCUGAUCAGUCAGUAGUACGAACCAAUAUCGAAUUCGAAUAGUUAGCGAGUGCGAA